AUGAGUUCAAUUACUACAUUAAGGGUAGCCUAUAUCCCAGAACACUUCUCAACUCCUUUAUUCCUUGCCAAACAAAAGGGAUAUUAUGAACAAAACAAUUUAAACAUUGAAUUCGUUAAAGUUCUCGAAGGAACUGGUCGUUUAGUCAAAUUAUUAAACGAUGGUGAAGUUGAUAUUGCCAUUGGAUUAACUGAAGGGUUCGUAGCUGAUUUAGCUAGUGAUAAGAAUCAAGGUAAUUAUAAAUUAAUCGAUACUUAUGUUAAUUCUCCCUUGUUAUGGUCUAUUUCAACAGGGAGUCAAAGAGAUGAAUUAAAGGAAGUUACUGAUUUAAAUAGUGAUAGUUCAAUUGGGGUUAGUAGAAUUGGUAGUGGAUCUUAUGUUAUGUCAUUUGUGUUAAGUCAUGAUUUGAAAUAUACUAAAUCAUUUUCUAAAUUUCCAAUUUUAUCCAAUUUUAAAAAUUUAAGAGAUUCAGUAAAUCAUAAAUUAUCAAAUGAUGAGAAUUCCGAUGCCUUCAUGUGGGAAUAUUUCACAUCAAAGAAAUAUUAUGAUAAUAAUGAAAUCAAACCAAUUGGUCAAAUCUAUACUCCAUGGCCAUCCUGGGUUAUAACCGUUAGUUCUAAACAAGUUGAAACUAACCCUGAACCAAUUAAGAAAUUCUUAAAUGCAAUUAAUCAAGGUAUACAAUAUUUCAAUCAUCAUCAAGAUGAAGCUAUAGAAUAUAUCUAUACCAAUUUAGAUUAUUCUAAAGAAGAUGCUAGUGAAUGGAUUAAGACUGUUAAAUUCAAUACUGACUUGGGAUUAUUUAAAUUAAAUAGAGAUGCAGUGGUGGAAAAGACAAGUCAAAUUUUAAAAUUAGCUGGAGUAUUAAAAGAUAAUGAUGAAACUAUUAAUUCAAGAUUAACGGGUAGUGUCAUUGUUAAAGAAAUCUAG